AUGGCACCAACAAUUCCCUUCACAGAAGAAGAUGAUAUCUCAGUCUUCGAUUGGAAUAAAGCUCAAUUUUUAGGCAAAGGUUCUUAUGGCAAAGUCUUCUUAGGAACUCCCACGAAGCCCGAUCUCGGCUUCGUCGCCAUCAAAGUCGCUCCGUUGUGGCAAAAAACUUCCUCACUCAUCAAAGAAAAAGUGGUUCUCGAACAAUUCAUCGGAUGUCCAGAAAUCGUUCAGUACAUUGGCGACGCUGUUACCAUAAAAAGAGACGACCAUUUAGUUUACAAUUUGAUAUUGGAAUAUGCUGCUGGAGGUACUUUGGCUGAUAUUAUCAAAAAACAGAAGAAACUUCAAGAAGAAGAUGCCAAACAGUAUCUUCGGAUGAUACUCCGAGGGCUUUCUUGCAUUCAUGCCAAAAGCUUCGUGCAUGCCGAUCUCAAACCGACUAACAUUCUUGCGUUUCCUUUAAAGGAUGGAAGAAUGCAGUUGAAAAUAGCAGAUUUUGGGCUUGCAAGAAUAUAUUAUAAGAAAGAAGAGAGAGAUUUUUAUUGGAAGAAUAAUAAGAUGAAGUUUGUAGGGACAACAGAAUACAUGUCUCCAGAAUCCGUUGUCGGAAACAUUGACCCUAGCCUUGAUAUUUGGUCUCUUGGUUGCAUUUUUUUAAAUAUGAUAACUGGGGAAUGUGUUUGGAAUGAUUGUCUAACCUAUGAACAACUGAUUACAAAACUUGUAUACGAAGGAGAAACACCAACAAUACCAGAGGAAUUAUCUGACCUAGGAAAAGAUUUUCUACAAAAGUGCUUUGAGAGAAAUUACGAAGAAAGAUGGUCGGUAGAUAGGUUAUUCAGACAUCCUUAUUUGGUACAAGAAAAUAAAAUUACUAACAACAUCAACUUCAAUUCUCUUUUAGAUUACUGUCUUAACUUUUUAGACGUGUUUUCUCUUGAAUUGUAA